UAGUCCUCUUAUCGUUGGCCCUUCCUUCACGACGGUACAGGCGUGGAACUGCAAUAGCCUCGUUUGAUAGAUGCGUUGUGUGUUGUUAAUCUCUUGUGAUUUUGAUAGACGACUCUGUGUGCUGAGUGCCGAAGAGUGCUGUCACAACACGACAACGGAACCCAACGAGGAUGUUUAAAAAAUUUGAUGAGAAGGAAAAUGUGUCAAACUGUAUUCAGCUGAAGACGUCGGUGAUCAAAGGCAUCAAAAAUCAGCUGCUUGAGCACUUUCCUGACAUCGAGUCAUGGCUCAACCACAUAAUGCCAAAAAAGGACCCUGUCAAAAUAGUGAGAUGCCACGAGCACAUUGAAAUCCUCACAGUGAACGGAGAACUGCUCUUCUUCAGGCAGAGAGAAGGACCUUUUUACCCAACCCUCAGACUGUUGCAUAAAUAUCCUUUUAUUCUUCCACACCAGCAAGUAGACAAAGGGGCCAUUAAAUUUGUCCUAAGUGGAGCCAACAUCAUGUGUCCAGGGCUGACGUCACCGGGUGCUAAACUCUACCCAGCGGAAGCGGACACAGUAGUUGCUAUAAUGGCAGAGGGAAAACAACAUGCACUUUGUGUUGGCGUUAUGAAGAUGUCUGCAGAAAGCAUAGAAAAAGUCAACAAAGGAAUUGGUAUUGAGAACGUUCACUAUCUGAAUGAUGGACUGUGGCACAUGAAGACGUAUAAAUGAUAUCAAUACCCACGACGUCCCUUUUCACUGCUGCGUCCAACCCAAGUAAUCCGGAGCGUGUGGAGCUUUUCGACAGCCAGGCCUGAGCUGCCAGUGACCCGUUUACACCUACAAACGUCGCCAUGUAACCUGCUUUGAAUCAACUGGCACAAUGCAAAAUUUAAAAAAGAAAGAUCUUGCUUCAAAGGUUUAAAUCUCAGUUUGUAUGUUUCUUUGGAUCCAAUAAAAAAUGCCAAAACAA